AUGUCUUCACCACUGGAAAGAGCACUCCUUCGUCUCCAAGUAUUUUCUAAGGGACCAAGUCUGGGGUACUUACUCAAAACACAUCUCACUACCCAAGAUAUGUUGAACCUGAGGCUAACCUCUCGUUCACUGUAUGAUCCUGCUGAGCUCAACGAGGUUGCUUUUGAGACGAUCUACAUCCACACGCCUGUUCCCCACGGACGGAAACAGUACACGAACACGCUCAGGACAAUCGGAUUCCUUUGUCGACAAGUCGUAGUCAAGAUCGCGUAUCCAUCAAAGAUAUGCUGCUCAACAGGAACACCAUCUCUUAGCACAAAUGUACCGACCCCACGCUCUAGCAACGGAAGUGAUACAAUCUCCAACAUUCUUGACUCCUACUGUCCAUAUGCCGAGCCACCCAUCGCUUGGAAGUUCGUUAUCCAGAGGAAGCCUAGCGACGUGGACCAGGACCUGCUCCACCAAUGGUGUGAGGUCUUCAGGCUCUUGCCGAACCUGGAAACUGUUCACAUUGCUUGCAAUGGUGAUCCCGCUUGGCUUGGCUGCACCGACAUCGAGUCUGCGCUCAUCAUGUUGCGCAUCACUCUCGAGCGUGUCAAUCCCAAGCAUAUACAUACCGUCUGUCUGUCGCCCAUUCAUGUUAUGGGUAUCAUGCACCUUCGUUGGGCAGGAGCCGGCGCAUAUGGCGAAGCAUGCGCUUCUAGAGAUCCUGUCUGGUACAGGUUGAAGGCUCUGAAGCUAAGAAUUCUCAGUCCUUACACUGAGGGUCGAUUGUCUAAGAGUCAGACACAGCUGUUCGAGAAGAUCUUUGCAGACUAUCUACGAAGCUUCAGCAGAACGCUGACGAAACUCGAGCUGUCGUGGCUUGGUGAGGCAGGUCCAAAUCCUUUCAACGUGGGACAAGACCACCAGACUAUGAAACCGACGAACACUUGGAACAGACUUGAAGAGCUCCGGUUGAUCAAUGUGAUCAUGCAUUGCAGCAGUUCGCACAUCCAACAGCUGGCGCCAAACAUUCGGAAGCUCACGAUUGCUGGAGGUACCACAAGUGGGGACCAGGUGGUGCGUAAGCAUUGGAAGGGUUGUCAAGGUCAAGAGUCUGAAGGCCCGGACAAUGGCAAUGCAAGUUGGAUGAGCUCGCGAGAUGUGCGCCUGUCAGCGAUACCUGAACCUCUCUUCCAACAUCAUCUUGCAUGA